CGAUUCUGUAAGUCAAAUCGUGUUAAAUUAUAAAAUUCUGUAUUAUUUAAUUUUAGUAGUUUUGUAUAAAAAUAAAGCAGCAGGUCAUGCAUUAAACGCGUUAUGUUAUUCUAAAACCAAACGUUCAACAUGUACUGUUUGCAAUGGCUAAUUCCAGUCUUGCUCAUACCGAAGCCCGUCAAUCCAGCCUUGAUUCAUAGCCAUGUUAUGUUCAUGGUUUUGUAUUUGAUAGGAUUCUUUCUAGAACGAAAACCAUGCACCAUUUGCAGUGUUAUAUUCCUGGUUGCUCUAUUUCUAAUUUGCUACAGUGGAAUGGGAAAUUGUCUAUUUUGGGCAAAUGACUGUGAAAACACAUAUGAAUUGUGUGAACAUGGAUGAUUGCCGCUUCUUCCAACUACCAUAUCCACAUGAAAAUUAAAUGUGUGUAAUAUCAAGAAUAAUGGAUAAGACCUUUUACUAUGUGACAUCAGUUUGCCUUAUAUAUAUCAAGACUUUAUGUGGAUUACAAAGAAACUUUACCAAAGUGUAUAUCUGAUAUUGUUAAAUCAUUAAUAUUAUUUCACUGUGAUGAAAAGCUAUUUUAGCAGUUUAAG